AUGGCAACCACGAAACACCGUCCUUCUCCUCUCGUCGAACCACCCUCCUCCUCUUCCUCCUCCUCUGAAGAGAAUGAUCGGAACGCUUCUUCUCAAAAGCCAGAGGAAGAGCAAGAUUCAUCUGACGAUGAUUCUUCUUCCGAAGAAGAAACAGAGGAAGUUCAUGCUCGGAACGCUUCUUCUCAAAAGCCAAAAGAAGAAGAUUCAUCUGACGAUGACUCCUCUUCCGAGGAAGAAACAUAUGAAGUUCAUGUUCGGAACGCUUCUUGUCAAAAGCCAGAAGAAGAGGAAGAUUCAUCUGACGAUGAUUCUUGUUCCGAGGAAGAAACAGAGGAAGUUCAUGCUUCUAUAAAACCUCCACCACCUGCUCUAACUUCAAACCCUAAACCCGCUUCUUCUGAAUCAGAAUCUGAUUCCAAACCGAAACCGGAACCGACUCCACCUCCUACCAAAUCUGGAACCAAGCGUGCAAUGGAGAACACCAACACUGAAAGUGACUCUAAGCGUUCCAAGAAGAAAGCAAUCGCUGGUAAUGGUUCCGAUGAUGACGAGAAGGAAGAGGAAAAAGACUUAAAGAAGUCACCAUCUCAUAGACUCUUCAGCGAAGAAGACGAACUCGCCAUUCUGAAAGGUCUUGCUGAUUUCAUUUCCAAAACCGGAAAAGAUCCAGUGAAGCACACACGAGCAUUUUACAGUUUUGUGAAAGAAUCUAUUCAAGCUGACUCCAACAAGGAGCAACUGAGGCGGAAGAUUCGCAGUCUGAAGAACAAGUAUGAAAGCAAUGAAGAUUUCACCAAACAGCAUGAUAAGGAUGCUUUUGAACUUUUCCAGAAGAUUGACUUUAAAGUGAAAAAGGAGGGUUCUACUUCAGAUCUUGAAAAGAGUUUGGCUUUUAUUGAAAUGGUUAGGUUUGGUGAUGAAAUGAGGUCGUAUGGGUUGAACAUGCCUGCUAUGAAAAAGGGAAUGGAACUGAUUGGAGAAUCAAACAAGGCUGUGUUGGAAGAGAGAUUGAAAAAUGUUGAAAUUGCUGAGAUGAAAUUGCUCAUCGCCCGAGCGGAGUUAGUUAGAGAUCAAGCUUCCUUGAUAUUGGAGGCAUAUAACAAUUCUAACUAA